AUGCAAACUACAGACACUCUUGGCAUUAAUAAGUUAGACAAAAAGAUAAGGGAUUUUAUUUUUAUUUUUUUAAAGAGCCCUUUUUUACAGUCAAGAAAGGGUCCUUCACCACCAUUUCCCCUUCCUCUUCUUAAUUUGGACCCCAGAAGCUACACAGAAACUGUGUUCUAUGCAGGUGGCAACUUCAGCUCUGUGAAAUACCAUAUUGAUGAACUCGAUGAAACGACAUACACAUAUAAUUACACAUUACUUGAAGGUGGUGCCUUGACAGAAGGGCUAGAAAAGAUCACGUAUGAGAUCAAGUUUGAGCCUGCACCCAAUGGUGGUUCAAUCAAUAAGGUGACAAGCAAAUACUACACUAAGGGUGAUUUCGCGCUCAAAGAAGAGGAAAUCAAGACAGGAAAGGAAAGGGUGUUGGGAAUGUACAAGGUUGUGGAAGCCUAUCUCCUCCAAAACCCUGAUGCCUAUGUUUAAGAUUUCCUGUUUCCAAAUGUGACUUCAAAAGUUCUCCAUCAGUCCUUUGUUUGUAUGGCACUGGCUUGUUCUGGUUUGACAAUAAGGAUCUUCCAAUAUAUGAUAAAGCAAUAAAUGUAACUUUUGAUAGCUUUCUUAUGCCUAGAAAACAAAGUCUUAUAAUUCGAGGAUAUUUUUGAUAUAUGUAACUAUAUUGUACAAUAGCCAAAAUAUUGGCUUUAUUUUCUUCUUAAUACAGCCCAGCUCUUCCAUCCAUCUUUCCAAUAAAACAUGCUGGGAAUAUUUCUUAGAGUAGUGCUAUUUAGCAUCAAUUGUAUUAAAAACACAAGUUUAUGUAAUAUUAAUGUAGCAUUAAAUAAGAGGUAUAAUCAAAUGAAUCACUUAAUUCUACUUUUCAUUAAGUAUAUCACUUAUAGUUACCUAGACUGGUGUUUUAGCACCAGUGGUGUUAAAUAAAAUUAUUCUAUUUCUUAUGUGGCAAAAUGAAUGGAAUUUGAAUUGUUUAUGAUUCAAAAAGCAAAAUAGGAUUAGGGAAC